AUCCAAUUAUAAUUGCAAGAUUGUUCUUUUUGUUUAAUAUAACGCACCAGAAGGAAAGAAAUUAGAAACUAGCUAAGUCUAUCUCUCACUGCACAAGGUACGCUAACAACUCUUCGUCGAAAUGCCCAAAUGAUCUGGAUUCUUAAAACAUUUAACCGGACUAAUUUUACCCUCGUCCGUCGCACUACCGCCACCCUCAGCCGCCGCCGCCAUGAGUUGUGCGCCGCCAUCGCCGUUCUUCUAGUUUUGGCAGCGUGCAAGAGCGUUUAGCCCGUUUUGGAUCGAAUUUACUGCUUGGGGAUUUGAAGUUGCGUUGGUCUAAGCCACACCUUGGUUGAUGGAAUUCAUCUGUUGCUGAUGGAUGGUAGAAGAUGGUGGCUUGGUUGUUUAGCAGGGCUAAACUCUCUUGUUUCCCAUGUAAAAUCCAGAGAGGAUUGAAUUUAAAUUACCUGCAAAGUCGUUAUCUGGUAAACAUAAAACUGAAAUGGGUGAAAGAUAAAGACUUAGAUACUGUAGUGAGUGCGGAGAAGGACCUUAAGGCUGUCUGCUUUCUUGUAUCCAUAAUCUCUUCAAGUUCCGAACAUUGCUUACCGAUCUACCAUCUGCAUCCUCAUCGUCGGCAGCUUGGUCUUCCAAAUGAUGUCAAGAUGUCUACCUUCAUUAGGAGAUACCCUUCCAUCUUUCACGAGUCACAUAUUCUCGAUAGCGCAGGCACUCGUGUGCCAUCAUUUUGCUUAACUCCAGAAGCUAGGGAACUUCAUGAGGAGGAAAUCGUUGUCCUUCGUCAGUGUUCGAAGGAUCUUCGAUCUAGGCUUUGCAGAUUGCUAAUGCUUACCAAUGGUUGCACACUUCCUCUACAGACAAUUGACCAGUUGAGAUGGGACAUGGGGCUACCAUAUGAUUAUCAAAACUCUUUCAUUCCAUAUAACUAUGACUUGUUUUCGUUCAUCCGGCUCCCAGAUGAUCGCAUUGGGUUGAAACUUCUGUCUUGGGAUAAUGACCUUGCUAUUUCUGAACUGCAGAAGAAUGCAGCUUCCCAACAAAUGAAGGAAGACAUAAGAAAUGGCUAUUUGCCCUUUCCAAUUGGAUUCACAAGGGGUUUUGGAUUGAAGAGAAAAUGCAUGGAUUGGUUAAAAGAAUGGCAGAAGCUCCCUUACACUUCUCCAUAUUGUGAUGCCUCCCAUUUGGAUCCCCGUACUGAUGCAUCUGAAAAGAGGAUUGUUGGAGUCUUUCAUGAGCUUCUUCACCUUACCUUGCAAAAGAAAACCGAACGAAAGAACGUAAGUAACCUCCGAAAACCAUUCUCUAUGCCUCAGAAGUUCACAAAAGUGUUCGAGCGCCAUCCUGGUAUCUUUUACAUCUCUAAGAAGGGUGACACGCAGACUGUAAUCCUUCGAGAAGCAUAUGAUGGCGACAAGCUUCUUCAAAAACAUCCUCUUGUUAGCAUCAGGGAAAGAUUUACAAGCAUGUUGAGGAAAGGCCAACUAGAUAGAAGCAGAGGUUUGUACAAAAAAGAAGAUCCAUUUGGUCACUUUCAUCAUGACGAAGUCGAUGAAACUCAAUAUAGUUCCGAAGAAGUGUCUGACCAUAACUUUCUUUCCGAAUAUGAUUCAGAAUCAGAUGGCCUGGUUGACAACUGCUGAAGAAGUUGCCAUAAUUUUACAGCCACCUCAGCAUUCUUUUGCAACUUUGAUGCACAGAUUAGCCAAAUAUAGGGCCAGCCAACUUUAAGUUUGUAAGCAACCUGUCCAUCAACAUGGGUUGUGUUUAUCUUAUAAAAUAGUAUAGUUGUGAGUAUUCUUUUUUAUACUAUGAAAUUGCUUAGCCCUUUUUAUACCAAUUUGGUUUUAGUUUUUUGUUUCUUCAAA